AUGGUUGGCCCAGCUGUUCUGCUCGAGUCCCUUGAGCACCAGGCAGGGGCUCUCCACACCCUCCAGCUGGUGUGGGGAGGCAGGGAGGCUGCCACAGCCUCACAUCUUCCCCUCAGUCUGUCACAGCCUUCCAUGGCCCAAACCAGCAGCACUGGCAGGCCUGGCCCAGCUCGGUACAGCCCAGGAGGGGAGAUGGAUGUAGCCAGGCUUGGCCAAGCUUGGGAGCUGAAAGAAGAGAGAAGAGUCCUGGGGAAAACUCCAGAGGAAGAAGAGGAGAGUGGAGACCUAACUCCCCUCAGCCCGAGUGAGUCCAGGCCACACAUGCUGUCCCAGCCCCGGCUGGUGAGGAACGAGACCCUUCGAGAGAUGGCUUUGCGCAGCAAGCUGUCCCGAGUAGUUGAUGCGACUUCCCGGCUCAUAGAAGUAGAGCAGACCCUCUUGCUCCCUCUCAUACAGCAGCAUCCUUUUCCUCUCCACCCAAAAGACAGCAUUGAGUUUAGAAACAUCUGUAGUCGUAUGGCUUUACAAAGAGAGGGACAGCAAUUUGAGAAGGACCUGCAUGAAGCACACCAGUGUUUGAAGACCAUCAUUGAGAAACUCAUUUGGUCACUGGCAGUUUUCCCCUCAGAACCUUAUAUCCCAGUCCGAUCUGCUCUGAGACAAAUCCUGCAAAAUCUCCUGGCAAUGUGA